AUGAACAGGUAUCUCGGAGAUGUAUCAGUGGCACCUAUCCGUAAUGGAUAUGCGGUCAUUGAAUUCGCCACCUGUGCUAUUACGACCAGGCCAGCUUCUGGCCAGGUACCGGUUACAAAUGACUACUUGGCCCGGCGGGGUAAAAGUACCUUCAAUGAUUGUGAAAGUAUUUCUAUCUCUGGGUCUAUUCCGGACCCGAAAUGGCCCAGGGUCUGUAUGCUUAAUACCGACGCAUUGGUGUUAGAUGGGAAGAAGGGAUGUGAGGGGCUGACUCCUAGUGAAUUACGAUAUCCAAGACGACUUGCAACGACAUUCUACCAGCUACAGCAUCAUUCUCGGAUCGUCCUCUAUUUAUUUGCUAUGGCUCGUCGUUAUAGUACGGGUACCAAUCUAUACCAUCACUAUAAUUUCCGGAAAUAUAAAGAUUGA